GGAGUAGCGGCUUGCUGGCAAGUGGUUACUAGCAGAGGCGCUUUGCUAGCACUAGUUCGUCCUUUCACCUCCGCAAACAAGCAGGUUGCCAGCGUUGAAAACAAGAAAAAUGAACGGACUAGACGAAGAACCAAUGGCACCACAGACUUUCCUUUACGGGUGCGUGCUGGAAGCUGGAAAAGAGGUGCUGUUCAAUCCAGAGGACGAUGACUUUGAGCAUCAGCUGGAUCUAAGGAUGGCCUGUGUGGACCCUACUACCAAGGAUGAACUUCACAUGGUGGAGGUGGAAGGACAAGACACAGAGGGUCAGAAAAUCAAAGCAGCACUGGUCUCACUCAAGCCCUCUAACCUGCCAAGUGUGUGUCUCGGUGGUUUCACAAUCACACCCCCAGCAAUUUUCCGUCUGAAGUCAGGUGCCGGUCCAAUCCAUAUCAGUGGACAACACCUAGUCAUGAUGGAGGCCGAUCAGUCCUUUGAUGAAGAAGAGGAAGAUGAUGAAGAAGAAGAGGAUGAAUGUUGCAAAACAUCAAAGAAAAGACCCGCUACCUCCCCCGCCCUCAAGUCUCAGAAAAAAAGUAAAAUGGAGGUGGAGGAGGAUGACGAGGAUGAUGAUGAGGAUGAUGAGGAUGAUGAAGAGGAUGACGACGAUGAUGAUGAGAGUGAGGAAGAAGAGUCACCUGUUAAGGCCAAGCAAACGCCCUCCAAGAAACAAACCCCAGCUCAGAAUGGCAAGAACGGCAAGAGCUCUACUCCCAACACCCCGGCCAAAAAGCAGGAAAAGAGCCCUAAAGGUAAGGGUGAGAGGUCACCUAAGACCCCAACAACUCCCAAAGUAACUCUAACGCUUCCUGAGAUUAAAGCCAAGAUGACGGAGUCAAUGAAGAAGGGAGUAACAUUACCUAAAAUCCAGCCCAAGUUUGAGAACUUUGUGAAGAAUGGUCACAACGUCUCUGACACCAAGGUUAUUGCGGAGCUGUGGAAGUGGAGACAGGCCAUGGGGGAUGCUAAAUAAUAGCCUCCGUAGUUUUAUUAUCUCUUUUUUAUGUAUUGUUUAUACCCAUAGCACCUCUCAAACCCUCUGAAAACCAAACUCAGUGCCUCACACUUGUCAUUAUUCUACGUCUGGUCCAGAGACUAGAGAGUGAUGUGGCAUUGUCUUUCCUCCUCCAUCAGCCUCUCACUGGGAAAGAAAAAACAUUUGGUUUGUUCAAUAAACCCCUGAAUUUG